GAUGUUUAGGCCAAGGACAUUACCCUGAGGAACCCCUGCAGAGACGUCCUGGAAUUGAUAUGACAACAGCUACACCAUCUUCCUGUGUGCCAGGUGUGGCUCCAACCAUGUUCACACAAGUGGGCCAGACCAGAUUGCCCAGAUCUGCCGGAUGCCGUGGACCAAAAUGCUUCAGUUUUCUUCUCGCCGAUCGCCCAUUGUAUGUACGAGGGGUUGUACUGCCAGCAGCCAACCACUAGCUACAAACGCAGGACUUGACAUACUGAAAAAAGGUGGAAAUGCUGCAGAUGCUGCGGUUGCUAUGGCAGCAGUCUUGAAUCUUACUGAACCAUUCAGCACUGGUAUUGGUGGAGACUGCAAUUGCCUUUUUUACCAUGGUCCAACUAAGAAAGUAUAUGGACUGAAUGGAAGUGGCAGGUCUCCCCAGUUAUUGACGCUUGACUUGUUAAAAAAGGAAGGCUUUGUUGAGACGAAUCCUUUACCGUUGAAUCAUGCCAACCUUGUCACUGUGCCUGGGGCAGCUGCUGGCUGGUGUGAUACAGUUCAUCUCUUUGGAAGUAAGAAGCUGUCCUUAGGUGAAAUUCUGCAGCCUGCGAUUGAGUUGGCAGAAAGAGGCUUCCCUGUUUCUGAAAUCACUGCAUUUCACUGGAAUAGAGAAGCGAACAUCCUGCAAAGGCCAGGGAAUCAACAUGGGAAGGAUCUGCUGCUGCAGGGCCAGAGUCCUAAAUCUGGCCAGAUUUUCAAGAAUCCUCUCUUAGCUCAGACCUUCAAGGAACUGGCUCAGUCUGGCAAAAGAGGGUUCUAUGAGGGAAGGAUAGCAAAAGCCAUCGUUGAAACCAUUCAGCGGAAUGGUGGAGUUAUGAGUCUCAGUGAUCUAAAGGAGCACACCAGCACAGAGGUUACACCAAUCUUCACAGACUAUAAAAGUUUGAGGAUCUGGGAGCUUCCUCCAAAUGGACAGGGAAUCACUGCUCUGAUGGUCUUGAACAUGCUGGAGAACUUUAACAUCAAAGAAAUGGACCACAACAGCGCUGAUUACAUUCAUCUGCUGGCUGAGGCGGUGAAGCUCAGUUUCGCUGACAGUUUCCGGUUCUGUGCUGAUCCUGCCAGGGUCCUGGUGCCUGUGGAAGAGCUGCUUGCUAAGAACUACAGUAAACAACGCUCAGAGCUCAUCAACAUGCAGAGGGCAAACAGUAAGUCUAUCCAUGGCAACCCAUCUGGAGCUGGUGGUGACACUGUUUACUUUACAGCUGUGGAUGCAGAGGGAAGUGCCUGCUCUUUCAUCAAUAGCAACUCUGCCAACUUUGGCACUGGGCUCGUGCCAGAAGGCUGCGGCUUUGCCUUACAAAACAGGGGUGCCCAUUUUUCCCUGAACCCUGAGCACCCAAAUUGCCUGGUACCAGGGAAACGUCCCUACCAUACCAUCAUCCCAGGCCUUGCCACAUCGCCUGUCACUGGAGAACUUCUGUGUAGCUUCGGCGUCAUGGGUGGGUUCAUGCAGCCUCAAGGUCAUGUGCAGGUGUUGCUUAACAUGCUGGAGUUCGGGAUGAGUCCACAAGAAGCACUGGAUGCUCCUCGCUUUUGUUUGGAAUACGAGAAGUCAGGUGGUACCUGGAAGCUCUCACUGGAAGAGGGAAUCUCUGAGCCUGCUGCACAGAGUCUGAUAGCCAGAGGUCACAAUGUUCAUUGGCCAGUUAGAGGACAUGAAAGGUCUCUGUUUGGACGUGGCCAGAUUAUCACCAAGGGAACGUGGUGGGAAUCGCAGCAUGCCUUAAUUGCUGAGGAUGACCAGGAAGUAUUAUGGGCCGGCUCUGAUCCACGGUCAGAUGGGUGUGCAAUUGGAUACUAACCUGCAGUCAGUUCUUCUGUAACACUAUGUGUUGUGUUCUUGUGCAACCUCACGUUAUAGAAACAUCGCGCUUUAGAAACAGCGCUUGAAGUGUUGGCGAUGUAAUCGUGUUACAGACAACACAUGGUGUAAAGGUUCAUGCUGCAGAAGCAGCAUCCCCAAUUUGUCAAUUGCGUUACAGUGAAUUUGUGUUGGCUUACAUAGCCGAACAACAUGUAUCCUGCAGGUGUGUUUCAGGAUUGGGAAUUUUAAAAAUUCGUUCACAGGAUGUUGGUGUCACUGGCUAGACCAGCAAUAUUUGCCCAUCCCUGAUUACCCAGGGGGCAGUUAAGUGUCAAC